UGAGAUCACUAUACAUAUUCGUAGGCGGCAUUCAAUACUGUGCGAUUUUUUCAAUAAAAAUCGUACAUCCGUUGCUUAAAUUAACAUUGAUCAUAAUAAAUCUUAUAUAUUACACCAGAAACCAUUUAUACAGAAAAAAAAAAUUAGAGAUUGUAUUUUAAUUCUAUAGUUAUUAAUACUUUAAUGAACAGGUGUGAACCCACGUACAUUACGACUGUACCAUAACACGUACGUUUUGUUCUCUACUACCAGCAUUUCCUGUGGUCCAGUAGUAUUUCCUGCAUACGUUCAGUGUUAAAUCAAGGCUUCUAUUUGAAUUAACGUUCAUCUAUACGAUUGUGCAGUAGAACUAAACGAAUUUCAAUAAAUAGUAUACUAUUCAAUAAAAUUUAUAAUUGGAAUCAAAUUUUAAUUAGAACAUUGUUAAAAUAAAAAUUGCCAUAUUUUGAUCCAAAAAAGUUAGAGAAAUUGAACCUGUAAUCUUAUUAAUUAAAAAAGUUUAUUGUGGCUAUCGCAAUAUCUCGACGAAGAGGACGUAAUGGACUGUGUGCAUUUGGUACCGCCUUGGUUAGACACUGGAUAACUAGUUUUUUGCUAGGAUCAUUAUUUGCUUCUAUAAUUAUCUACUACACAAUUUUAAAUCAAAAUGCUCAGUUAUCAUACGUAGAAAAUAAACAUUUUGAAGUUCUUGAAUUUCGAGGCCAAGAGUCAACUUCAGAAGCAAUGGAAAAAGAGUUACGACUUUUAAGAAGACAGCUAAGCAUGACUCAAAAUCACUUACUAGCUGCUAUGAAAACGUCUCUUUUUCCAGUAUCACCAACAGAAUCACCUCGGAAUUCAAACACUCAACCACCGUGUUCAAUAAAAAAAGAUGUAGAAACUUUGAGCAAAUGUGAAAUUAUUGAAGUUGGAAUUGUGUGUGCUGGCUACAACUCCACUCGCUCAGUUGUGACUCUCAUCAAAUCUAUUUUGUUUUAUCGAAAAAAUCCUUUAAGGUUUCAUUUUAUAGUUGAUGCUGUAUCCAAGAAAAUACUAAAAACUUUAUUUAACACGUGGAAAAUACCUCAACUGGAGAUAGAGUUUUAUCCAGCUGAAAAAAUUGUGAAAGAAGUAUCAUGGAUAAAUAAUAAACAUUAUUCAGGCGUUUAUGGUCUAAUGAAACUUUGUUUAACUGAAGUUUUUCCCAAAACUAUAAAUCAAAUACUUGUAUUGGAUACAGAUAUCACUUUUGCUACAGAUAUUUCUCAAUUAUGGAUGAAAUUCAAACAAUUUAAAAAAGAACAGGCAUUAGGUUUAGUUGAAAAUCAAAGUGACUGGUAUCUUGGGAAAUUAUGGAAAAAACUUAAACCAUGGCCAGCACUUGGUCGAGGUUAUAAUACAGGUGUUAUUUUAAUGGACUUACAAAAAUUACGUUUAAUAGAUUGGAACAGUUUAUGGAGAUCAGUUGCUAUUAAAACUUUAGUAACUCAUUAUUGGACAAGUUUAGCGGAUCAAGAUGUUUUUAACACAAUAAUUAAAGAACAUCAUGAACUACUAUAUCCUUUACCGUGUCAAUGGAAUGUACAACUUAGUGAUAAUACUAGAAGUGAAUUGUGUUAUGCCGAAGUUGUUGAGCUUAAAGUCAUUCACUGGAAUUCACCAAAAAAACUUAAAGUCAAGAAUAAACAUGUUGAAUUUUUUAGAAAUUUAUAUCUUACGUUUUUAGAAUAUGAUGGAAAUUUACUACAAAGGGAACUUUUUGGUUGCAACUAUUCGUCUAUAAUACAAGACGUUCCAGAAAUUAGCGAAGAUGAUUUGUGUUACGAAUUUAGAAGAGCUGGAAUAACAAGUUUAAGAACGCAUUUAUAUUUUUUGGAAUUUGAUUAUCAAGCUUCUUUAGAUGAUUGUGAUAUUACACUUGUUGCUCAAUUGUCAAUGGACCGUCUCCAAAUGGUAGAAAUGUUAUGCGAGUAUUGGGACGGUCCCAUAAGUCUAAGCCUUUAUAUGUCAGAUGCCGAAGCUCAACAAUUCUUAAGUUAUGCUCAAAAUUCAGAUGUUCUUAAAAAUAGAAAGAAUAUUGGUUAUCAUAUUGUAUACAAAGAAGGGGACUUUUAUCCUAUAAAUUUAUUAAGAAACGUUGCUUUAAAAAAUGUUGUGACACCUUAUGUAUUUUUGUCAGACAUAGAUUUUUUACCAAUGAUGGGUCUUUAUACAUACUUAAAGAAAUACAUAUUCAUAAUGAAUAUAAAAUCAUCAGACAAGGCAUUGGUUGUACCAGCGUUUGAAACUCAAAGAUAUCGAACUGCGUUUCCACAAACUAAAGCAGAUAUUCUAAGAAUGUUAGAUGAUGGUGCUUUAUUUUCUUUUAGAUAUCAUGUGUGGCCAAAAGGUCAUGCUGCCACAAAUUACGCUAAAUGGAAAGGUUCCACGGUACCGUAUAAAGUUUCAUGGGAACCUGACUAUGAACCAUAUGUAGUUGUGCGUAGUGAUGUUCCCAAGUAUGACACUCGAUUUGUUGGUUUUGGUUGGAAUAAAGUAUCUCAUAUAAUGGAACUGGAAGCCAGAGGAUAUACUUUUAUUGUUCUGCCCAAUGCGUUUAUAAUUCAUAUGCCUCAUGCUCCAAGUUUUGAUAUUGCAAAAUUUCGAGGGUCUUCACAAUACAGAAGGUGUUUGAAAGUUCUCAAAAAUGAAUUUAUUGAAGAUCUUCGAAAUAGAUUCUCAAGACAAUUAAAUCAUACAGAAAGUUAAUAUUAUAAUGAAUUUUUUAAUACAGCAGAAGUGAAAGAAUUAAAAAUGCGCCAAGGAAAAUAUUGUGUUCAAUUGAUUUUAGAAUUUUAAUGUGUUAAAUUAUUAUUUUUUGAGUCAUUAUUUAUGAGUUAUCUUUUAGAAUGUUACUGAGAUUUUUUGUAAAAUGAUUCAAUUGUACUUCACUAAUAAUUAUUUAAGUUCCUAUAUUGUGUUAAUCUUAUAAAAUAUAUGUACAAUUCCAUUUUUUUAGA